AAAGAAAAGAAAGAAAAAAAAUCCAUAAGGAGAAUUAUUUCGUUCUUUCUUCAAUUGAUUUAUACCUUUCUUCCUCUACUUGUCAAUAUCACUGACUCGUCCACUUUUACAGAUCCCAAAUUUUCAUAGAGAAAGAAAGAAAUCAAUUUUUUUUUCUGUUUGUAACUUUCCUGUGUUUAUUUUUUUUUUAAUCUCUAGAUCAUGAAGAACAGCGAAGAGCAAAUGAGGUCACUAUUUGGAAUUAGUCUUUCUGAUAAACCAAGAUGGCAACAAUUUCUCAUUUGUUCUUCUGGUUUCUUCUUUGGUUAUCUCGUUAAUGGCGUCUGUGAGGAAUAUGUGUACAACCGGCUCAAAUUCAGUUACGGAUGGUAUUUCACGUUUGUGCAAGGACUCGUUUACAUUGUAAUGAUUUACCUAAAUGGCUUCACCACAAAGCAAAUGGUGAAUCCAUGGAAGACUUACGUGAAACUAUCUGGUGUUCUAAUGGGAUCUCAUGGUCUCACGAAAGGAUCCUUGGCUUAUCUCAAUUACCCUGCUCAAAUCAUGUUCAAAUCCACCAAGGUUUUACCGGUUAUGGUAAUGGGAGCAUUUAUACCCGGGUUGAGAAGAAAAUACCCGGUCCACGAGUACAUAUCGGCUCUGCUACUUGUAAUUGGUCUAAUCUUAUUCACGUUAGCCGAUGCACAUACCUCUCCAGACUUCAGCAUAAUUGGGGUUAUGAUGAUCUCUGGCGCUCUCAUCAUGGACGCCUUUCUCGGUAACUUGCAAGAAGCAAUCUUCACGUUGAAUCCCGAUACAACACAAAUGGAGAUGCUUUUCUGCUCGACAGUAGUUGGUUUACCGUUCUUGCUUGCACCAAUGAUUCUUACCGGAGAGCUUUUCAGAGCUUGGACUUCAUGUGCUCAACAUCCAUAUGUGUAUGGAGUAUUGGUGUUCGAAGCCAUGGCUACAUUUGUCGGCCAAGUCUCGGUUCUAUCCCUCAUUGCGCUCUUUGGCGCAGCCACAACAGCUAUGAUAACGACGGCGAGAAAAGCGGUUACGCUGUUACUAUCUUACUUGAUAUUCACAAAGCCUUUAACGGAACAGCACGGCACGGGAUUGAUACUCAUCUCUAUGGGCAUUGUUCUCAAGAUGGUUCCAGAUCCGAAUCCAAGCCCGAAACAGAAUCUUUCGGGUUCGGGUCAAAUACCCGGGAAGUUGGAUCAGCGGGUUAAGUUUGACAAGGAAGGCGAUGAAGAGAGUCGUCCUUUGGUCUAAUAAUAUAAAUGACGAGAGAAGUGUUUAAUUGUCAAUUCUUGGUUCGUGUCUCGAUUUAUAUAGUUUAUAUUUUUCAUUAUAUUUGUGUUGUUAGCAAGUAGAUUAUCUUAUUACUUUGUAGCUUAGAUCGAAACAUUAUUCGGCAAUUUGAAACAUUAUCA